CAUCCUCCCUUCUUAUAGUCAGCCCUGUGCUGAGCAAUGGGACUCUAGGGAUGAAUCUGAUCAUUUCCUGCUUGUGAGUAGUCUCUAGUCUGCUGGGAAGACAGACCUGGACCCAUAUGAGGACAACACAAUGUGCUCAGAACUGUAUCAGAAAAGUCAGAGAAUUCUUUCCUGAAGAGUUGACAUGGGCUGGGUACUGAAGGCUACUACUUGAGAGUUAGGAGUGAGCCAUUUGGGAGGCAAGAAGGCACUCUAAGCAAAAGCACAGCUUAGGCAAAAGUUUGGGUAUGUGAAAAUACAUGGGCUGGGCAGGGCAAGAGAGGUGGAGGGAAAUAUGAGUUUACUCUAUGUUUGGUAUAGAGGACCAAGGGGAGGGGUGGGCAGGAGUCAGGGUGUGGCAGGCCUUGAACAUCAGGCUAAAGAGUUCCUACUUCCUUCCUAGUAUGAUGGGGAACUGGGAAGGGUUUCUAAGCAGGGGAGCCAGCUGUCAGAUUUGGGUUUGAAAGUGAUCCCUCUGGAUUAGUCAGAAUCAGGAGAUUGGCUCAGCCCUACUCCCUAGAUCAAGGCUGAAGGGUGAGCAAUUUUAGGGGAUGAAAGGAGAGAUUUUGAGUCUGGGGCACUGGGGCAGGGAUGGGAGCUAAGGCCCAGGAAAGAGUGCCCCUGAACUUGAAAGUGACCAACUUCACUAGAUGAGCUUUCGGCCUUGAUGUGACCUGACUCAGCUAAAUGAAGCUGGGGAGGGGAGAAAAGACCUGGGGGAGUUGUCGGCUCACUGCUCCUGAGGUAACCAUUAAUCCCUCUCCUGGGGAAAUCCAGGGGCUGGUCCCUAGAGGGACAUAUCCUAGGCAGAAUGGAGGAACACAUGGAGGCAGGCUCCGCACCAGGACUGGGAAACCAGAGGGUCCUAAUUAACAACCUUGCUGACAUCCUGGUCAUUGCUGCUUAUUUCCUGCUGGUCAUUGGUGUCGGCUUGUGGUCCAUGUGCAGAACCAACAGAGGCACCGUUGGCGGCUACUUCCUCGCGGGACGAAGCAUGGUGUGGUGGCCGGUCGGGGCCUCUCUCUUUGCCAGCAACAUCGGCAGUGGCCACUUUGUGGGCCUCGCAGGGACCGGUGCUGCAAGCGGCUUGGCUGUGGCUGGAUUUGAGUGGAAUGCGCUGUUCGUGGUGCUAUUGCUCGGCUGGCUCUUCGCGCCCGUGUACCUGACUGCGGGUGUUAUUACCAUGCCACAGUACCUGCGCAAGCGCUUCGGAGGCCAUCGUAUUCGCCUCUACCUGUCAGUGCUCUCGCUUUUUCUGUACAUCUUCACCAAGAUUUCGGUGGACAUGUUCUCCGGGGCAGUAUUCAUUCAACAGGCUCUGGGCUGGAACAUCUAUGCCUCCGUCAUUGCCCUUCUGGGCAUCACCAUGAUCUACACUGUGACAGGAGGGCUGGCAGCGCUGAUGUACACGGAUACUCUGCAGACUUUCGUCAUUCUUGGCGGGGCCUUCGUCCUCAUGGGUUACGCCUUCCACGAGGUGGGCGGGUAUUCGGGGCUUUUCGACAAAUACUUGGGGGCAAUGACGUCGCUGACGGUUUCUGAGGAUCCGGCUGUGGGCAACAUCUCGAGUUCCUGCUAUCGACCUCGGCCCGACUCCUACCACCUGCUCCGGGACGCUGUGACAGGGGACUUGCCGUGGCCUGCACUGCUCCUGGGUCUUACCAUCGUCUCAGGCUGGUACUGGUGCAGCGACCAGGUCAUUGUGCAGCGCUGUCUGGCCGGGAAGAACCUGACUCACAUCAAGGCGGGCUGCAUACUGUGCGGCUACUUGAAGCUGAUGCCCAUGUUCCUCAUGGUCAUGCCAGGCAUGAUCAGCCGCAUUCUUUAUCCGGAUGAGGUGGCGUGCGUGGUGCCCGAGGUGUGUAAGCGUGUGUGCGGUACUGAGGUGGGCUGCUCCAACAUUGCCUACCCGCGGCUGGUCGUGAAACUCAUGCCCAAUGGUUUGCGUGGACUCAUGCUGGCGGUCAUGCUGGCUGCGCUCAUGUCCUCACUGGCCUCCAUCUUUAACAGCAGCAGCACGCUUUUCACCAUGGAUAUCUACAUGCGCCUGCGGCCCCACGCAGGGGACCGUGAGCUGCUGCUAGUAGGACGGCUCUGGGUGGUGUUUAUUGUGGCUGUGUCAGUGGCCUGGCUACCCGUGGUGCAGGCAGCGCAGGGAGGGCAGCUCUUUGAUUACAUCCAGGCAGUGUCCAGCUACCUGGCGCCACCUGUGUCUGCUGUCUUUGUGCUGGCGCUCUUUGUGCCCCGUGUCAAUGAGAAGGGUGCCUUCUGGGGACUGAUUGGGGGCCUGUUUAUGGGUCUGGCACGCCUUAUUCCCGAGUUCUCCUUUGGCUCGGGCAGCUGUGUACGACCCUCCACAUGCCCAGCACUCUUCUGCCGUGUGCACUACCUCUACUUUGCCAUUGUGCUCUUCGUCUGCUCUGGCCUCCUCAUCCUUGUAGUAUCACUGUGCACAGCACCUAUCCCACGCAAGCAUCUCCACCGCCUGGUUUUCAGUCUACGGCACAGCAAGGAGCAGCGGGAGGACCUGGAUGCCGAUGAGCUAGAAGGUUCAACUUCACCGCCUGUACAGAAUGGGUGUCCUGAACAUGCAGUGGAGAUGGAGGAGCCCCAGUCCCCAACACCGGGCAUGUUCCGCCGGUGCCUGCUCUGGUUCUGUGGAAUGAGCAGGAGUGGGGCAGGUAGUCCCCCAGCACCUACCCAGGAGGAAGUGGCUGCAGCAGCCAGGCGGCUGGAGGACAUCAGUGAGGACUCGAGUUGGGCCCGUGUGGUCAACUUCAAUGCCCUGCUAAUGAUGGCCGUGGCCACGUUCCUCUGGGGCUUUUAUGCCUGAGGCCAACCGUGUUGGACACCAUGAGCCACUGCCAGGGCAGGGCUCAGCUUCACAAUGAAUGGGAGUGGGGAGCCUGCAGUGGUGAGAAGGGAGUAGGGCAGGGAGAGGGAGGGGGAAGGCCCUGGUUCCCUUUCUCUCCACUGCCAGGGGCCCAGUCUACCUGACUGGCAGUCAUAGCCCACGAGGCCUUGGCCAAACUGCCACAGCAGUUCCCCUAAGCAAAAAUAAAGCUGCUGUUCCCACAUUG